GGCCGGGGAGGACAUGAGGACCGAGAUCUCCACGGCGGCCGCGUUCGUGACCCGCCUCCUGCGGGCCGCCGGCGGGGUUGGCGAGGAGCAGCUGCGGCGCUUCCGCGAGUGCCUGCAGGAGGCGAUGCACGAGCACUACAAGCACCACUGGUUCCCCCUGGUGCCCUCCAAGGGCUCCGGCUACCGCUGCAUCAGGAUCAACCAUAAGAUGGACCCCUUGAUAGGAAAAGCGGCGGGGAUGAUCGGACUGAGCCACGAGAGGCUCUUCCAGCUCUUACCCAGCGAAUUAACGCUGUGGGUCGACCCCUUCGAAGUGUCCUAUCGCAUAGGUGAGGAUGGGUCUAUCUGUGUGCUGUACGAAAGCCCCCAGCCUGGGGGGAAGGUGGCUAAACAGCUGGAGAGCAGGACCAGCUGCAAGGAGGAGUGGAGAAUUGGCAGAUCCAGCCCUUCGAAGAGUUACAACAUGAUGACGAUUUCUAGUUAAAAACAACUCUUCCCUGUACGAUGUUGUGUGUAUCCCAACCUCAUGGUAAAGUUAGAUGUAACUGAUUUUUUUUUUUAAUUUUUGUUUGUUUGUUUGUUUUUAGCUAUUUUUUUCACCCUACAGUCAUUAAAGUGGUAGUACUGCCAAGUUCUUCAUGGCCAAGGGCUAAAUGUAUAAAGCAGUUCUUUACACUGCAUGUUCCUUUCUGGGUUGUGUCCUGUAAAUGCACUGUACUGUCGGUGGAUUGUUUUAACAUUUAUAUUUUCAAAAAAGUUUUGCCUAUUUGUAAUAAAAAGCAAUAUUGUAGCACUCUUUAUGAUGGGUUUUAGUCAAAAUUAGUACUUGCAAAAAAAAAAAAAAAUCUGCAGUUUGCAGAGCAAUGACACAAAGAGGGGUGGGAAACAGAUCUAACAAACUGCACAUAAAUCUUUCCAGUGAUUUGUCUGCACAGACUUCUCUCAGGGUCAUUCAAAUUUGACUGUGAGGCACAAAUCACAGAAAUAACUUUACUUUUUCUCAAAACAUGCAUUUAUUUGAAGGCUGGGUUCCAUCACACCCCAAUAUUUUAGCAAAAAGAAGUGGGGAAUUACUGUCUUAUUUCUAGUUAUGGGAGUAGAAAAAUAAAUACCUGCUUAAAAUGCUUCUGACUUGUUUUGGUUUUGUUUUGUGAUUUUGUUUGUUUGUUUGUUCCCCCCCCCCCCCCGCCAGGCUUUUAUCAUUGCCCUCAAAGCUUAUUCUAUCCAUUUCUAAUAACUGCAGAAAGCUUUCUAGUUAAAGAGGUGUAGUGGUGAACAUCCAUCUUUAUUUCAGAUCACUACAAAGCACUCAGUGUUGGGAAAGCUUGCUGGCUGCCUGUGUUCAGCUGAAUAAUCUGUGUAGAGCUGGGUGGGUUUUUUAGUACUGAAUGGAAGCAAAUUCUAGUAUUUGAUUCUAAUAUUUGAUCUGUUGCAAAAACAAAUGCUUGAGGUUAUUAGGAAACAGAGUUUGGCUUUAAAACUGCAAUGUAGGAAGCUCAAGUGAAAAUGAUCAUCAAUGCUGUAACUACCUUGUCUUUUAGAAGGUAAAUGCUGCUGUUUCUGGCUUUGAGUUCCUUGUUUUUGUCAGGGUCUCCAAUACCAGUUGAGUACAAGUUUUACUGAAGUUACCAAAUACAGUAGAUUUGAUCUAAUAACAAAACUUUGUGUUGCUGGUUUAUGUGAAUACUCUCAGUGUUGAUAUCCCAGUAAAGGAUUUCAUUUACAGGUAUUGUGAUUCCUACUCUAAGAAGCACUGGUUUCUAAAUCAGCCAUAGAAGGCUGCCUGGCAUUGCUGGUUUCUGUAGCCUGAUGUUGGAGCAUGGUUGAACACUUGAUGAAAGGGAGCUUUGUCUGGUGUAUGUCAGCAAAAAAACCCUCCUUGUGCUAUGUCAAUAACAUGGUAGAACAUACAGCGAGGGAAGGGGCAAGUCUGGGCAAACUGGAAAGGGCAGAACUCCAGCUCACAAAGAGGUGGUUUUUUUGUUUUGUUUUUUUUUUUUUUUCCUCCCCCUCCUUUGUUUACCUUAGAAAAAGCUGUGGUUUGCUUCUUGCUCUUUGCUUAUUAUC